UUGCUUAUCUCUCCCCUCCUCUCUCGUCCACAAGUCAGCUGGGCUAGGAAAUCUAUCCAAACAACUCAAAGAGCUGCUCUCCGACGGGAUGUUUUGAUGCGCGUUGAUGGACUUUAAUGAAUUUGCGACUGUGAAUCCCCUCAACGGCUAUUUGAAGUAUUUCUCGUGCGCCAUUCCGACGAAUGCUGCGCCAAGAGCCGCGCUGCGUAAAGGCAAACAGACUGUGUGGAUACCAGUCGAUACUCGGCGGCGUUUGUGAGCGCGAAAGAAAAGGUCUAAAUGUGAGCAAGUCUCUCGGACUUUAUUUGGAAGGAAGGGUUACAAUAGUGGGACGUAAAAGUUAAAAGAAAAGUUGAAAGAAAGAGAACGUUGUGCUUUCCAUGUGACUGCGCGCUUUCUGCGCAUACAAUCUCUUUUAUUGAUCCAUCUAGUAAAAUUAGAAGGACUUAGAGAGAGAAGAAUCAGUCAAAGCUGCAUUAAAAUCUUUCUGCAACAACCCGUGGCUGUAAAUAACUUGUUGAAUGAGCAGCUGGUCCCUGGAGCGCAUUUAAAUGAUGCUGCAAAAAAACCAAUUGGCAGGAGAUCAAGCUAAGACAUCUGACAGCCACUGACUUAUGAGGAGUGUCACUCCUCUCUGCACAUCACAUCUGACCGUCGGUUGACCCUUUCACCAACGCCCAACACUUGUGAAGAAGCUCCCUUGUUGACACACCUCAUCGGCCGGGCAGAAGUGGCAGCAUUCAAUUACAGAACAACUGAAUGGUGGCUAAUCGUUGCCUGAAGCCGCUCACACAUAAGUAGCAACAUGCUGCCACAGUUCCCAAAUGCCCUGUUGCACCUCUCAAAGUUAAAUUAGAAAAUUCUCAGAAGAUAUUGUCCUGUUUGUGACGAAGCAGCAGCUGUCAAGACAAAAAUAAGAAGUUUCUACAGAAACCAUACACAACGAGACCAGCGAUGCUUUGGCCUGUAUUGUUCACUCUGCAAGCUGUGUGCACCAGUGUGUCACAUGCCAUGCAACAUUACCCGGCGGCCUGGGGACACUAUGACGUGUGCAAGUCCCAGAUCUAUACAGAGGAGGGCCUGGCGUGGGACUACAUGGCCUGUCAGCCAGAAGCCACCGACAUGACAAAGUACCUGCGAGUGGCCCUCGACCCCCCAAAUAUCACGUGUGGAGAUCCGCCUGAAACGUACUGCGCUUUGGAGAAUCCUUAUAUGUGCAACAAUGAAUGUGACUCCGCCACUGAGGAGCUGGCUCAUCCUCCAGAGUUGAUGUUUGACUUUGAGGGCCGCAACCCCACAACGUUUUGGCAGUCCAGCUCAUGGAAGAAAUACCCAAAGCCCCUCCAGGUUAACAUCACACUGUCGUGGAACAAAACCAUCGAGCUGACUGAUGACAUCGUACUGACCUUUGAGUCAGGCCGACCGGAGCAGAUGGUCCUGGAAAAGUCACUCGACUACGGCAGGACCUGGACCCCGUACCAGUUCUAUGCCACCGACUGCCUGGACGCAUUCACCAUGGAACCCAAGACAGCCAACGACCUCACCCAGCGCACCCUGCUGGAUAUCAUCUGCACUGAGGACUACUCCCGAGGCUAUGUGUGGAAGAACGACAAGACGGUACGUUUUGAGAUAAAGGACCGCUUUGCCCUGUUUGCCGGGCCUCGGCUACACAACAUGGCUUCGCUGUACGGCCAGCUGGAUACCACCAAGAACCUGAGGGACUUCUUCACCAUCACUGAUCUGAGGAUUAAGCUGCUGAAGCCAGCCACUGGAGCCACCAUGGUGGAUGAGAAUAACCUCUCCAGAUACUUCUACGCCAUAUCUGACAUCAAAGUGCAGGGCAGGUGCAAGUGUAACCUGCAUGCCAACAGCUGUGUGUUUGACAAGGGGAAGCUGGGCUGUGAGUGUGAACACAACACCACAGGGCCAGACUGCAGCCGCUGUAAGAGGCACUACCACGGAAGAGCCUGGAGUGUGGGCUCCUACCUCCCUAUACCCAAAGGAACGGCAAAUAUAUGUAUCCCCAGUAAUCAUGGACCAGUGCAUCGAGCAAAUGCUUCAUCUCUUGGUGUUGCAAAUCGUAACCAAGCUCGGGUGUGUGACAACGCGAUGCUGCGCUGUCAGAACGGUGGCUCUUGCCACCACCAUCAGCGUUGCCACUGUUCCCCUGGCUUCACGGGCGUCCUGUGCGAGAGAGCUCGCUGCCAGGGCCCCGGGGAGUGUGAUGACCAAUUGUCUGGACGGGCCUCCCUCCAUCAUCCCCCCAUCCGCCGCCGGCUCGCUCUCACCCUUGUCGUGCUCCCACUAUUGAUUGUUUCCCUUUGCUGAGAGACCCGAAUGGCCUCCCAUCCUCAACCAAAACCCUAAGACGUAUGUUGAGACUGAACUCUCAACCAUAAGGACAUGAAGGACAAACGAUGUGUGGACAAUAUGCUCAGCAUACAAUAUAAGGAAAUCUUUUGUAUAUCCAAGGCCACAGUGGUGGAAGACUUAUUAGUGCAACAGAUUACGCACUGAUCGGUUAUACUGAAUGUUAAAUGGAUUUUUGAGAGGCUUGGUGAAGUCACUGCUGUCUUAUAGUGUCACAAAGGAAGCGGUUGGAGCCCUCCCUUUGUGAUUAUGUCAUUGGCUGACACUUCAUUAACGGCAGACUGGAGACUCGGAUAGAGCUACCAACACUGAGAGCAAACUGUACAAAGCUAGACACAUGAUUUCUAAGUAUCAUCUGAACUUAUUAAAAAAUAAUAAUGUAAACGGGGGACAUCUUAAAACAUCUUGCCUCACUGCCUCCUUCCUUACUUGCCACCUUCUCCUCUCCUUUCCUCACUCUUCCCUCUGUCCUUCACCUUCUCCCUGUGCUUUGGUGACUCUGGUGAUUUUACUUUGCUGAAAGGGUGUCUGUUGUUUUGCCAAAUGCUGCACAUGUAUUAUUAUCAAGCCCCUUGACAAGAACCAAUCUAAUACUUUUUUUCUUUUUCUUUCUCAGAGGCUUUGUAGUCACGCUUGCGCUCACAAGUUGUAACAUACUGUAACUGUAUUUAAUUUUUGUAUAAAACAGAUAUUUUCAUGACUAAGCAAAACGAAAAGAUGUAUUACUUGUUUUCUAUUGCUGCCGACCUGUCCUAGAUGUGGACUAUGAGUGCACAAACAGUUUGGUUGUAUCAUUUCUUUGCUUCUGUGGCACAUGGUUCUCUUCAUUUGAGAGCUGCUGUCAAAACUAUGUUUACAGUACACACUUACACAAUACACUUCCACCAAAGGGAAAAUGUCUUUGUCUUGUUGUUGAACAGUAGUCAUUUUAUUAGGUAGUAACAUUUGAGAACAGAUGUGUGGAGUGAAACAGUGUAUUGUUUGUAGAUACGUACAAGCCGAUGACCAUAGCUGAAUGUCAAUUUAAAGGAUUUUUGAAAGCUAUCAAUACCAAUCGUUGACCUAUUCACUGAAGCAACAGUUGCUGAUGGCAAUAGAUCAGUCAACACAUUAAUUCCUAGUUAUAUGACUACAGUUGUUUUUUUUCUAACGUGUUGUAACCAUCCUUGUUGUGCUCAUGAAACAUGGGAGAAUCAGAAGAAUCUCAAGCCGAAAUCCCAUCUGCUUUAUGUAAAUUUAACAAGAAGACUUGAAAAAAAAAAAAAAAAAAGGAGAUUGCACGGCUGUCGCAGAGGUUGUCCAGCUCAAAUCUGUAAUCAAAUCUAAUCCUUGAAUCAAAUGGAAAGAGGGGAAGGUUUUCUGAGCUGGUACGGUUGAAAGCCUGCAUCCUGCUGCGGGAGCCUCCGUGAAGUGACACGUACAGGAAAUGAGCUUUAACUCAUGAAGGGUCAAUGAAUCGAAAUGAAGUCGCUUCCCACUGGGUGACAUACUGAUCACAGAGACCAAUUUCAUUUGAGAGAUUCCUUUUCUUACCAAGGUUGUCAUCAAACACCUAAUUGUGUUAGAGUCUACUGUAAGUGCCUCUCAUUAAAUGACACUGUCUGUGAAAA